GCACCGAGACACCGAUCAAAAUGACGGGCCAAUACAAAUACAGCGCCUCGCCACCAACGCGGUGGAAGUUGAGUUGCAUAGUCAGCCCCAUAAAGGCAAAGUACCAGCACGGCAGCUCAGCUAGCUGCCUCCAGUCCAGAAAAUGGCGGGUAUCGUAUUCGAAGAUGAAGACAAAGUUGAUCUUGUGCUCGUGCCACACGCGGCAGGCAAGCGUGAACAGGAUGACGAGGAGGUUGAUGAGGAAGUAGCCAGCGUAUAUCUGCAGCAGAUAGCUGGUGUUGACGCCCAACGUGGGGUCGUCGGGGUGGUACGUGUCUGCUAUACUGGCGGCCUUGAUGAGGCCCUGGAUGCUCAGACUGGCGCCGGCCGCGAUCAGCACGCCGUUGCGGAACGUGUUGUCGGUGUAGUCGCCGGCUCGCGCAAUCUUAAUGCGCAGCUUGCCGACCGCCACCUUGUGGUUGCCUCGCUCGAAGUACCGCGCGUAGAGGUCUUCGACGGAUCGAAUGUGGCCUUCGAUGACGUCGCUGUUGACGAACCAGGCCCCGCUGACUUUGUCGUUCAUGUAGCGCAUGGACGGGCGUGCGUGUACGGUCUUAUCGUACUUUUUGUUGAUCUUGCGGAACGCUGUGCGGUUGAGCAGGGCGUACGACUUCAGCAGCUCGAGCCCGCGGUAGUACUCCUGCAGGGCGACCUUGAGCUUCCGCUUCGCCGACUGGUAGGGUACUUCUGGCAGGUCUGGACGUCGAGCAAAGUCACGGCGGUCGUCGUUGUGGAUCGUGGGCUGGAGGACCGAUGGGGUCGCGAGCGCCGUCAUGGCUUUGGUGCUCGUUCCGUAUUUGCCGGCGCUCACUGCCUCGAGCGCGGCAUCGAUUGGAUUCAGCCAGGAAGCGCUCACUUGCUGACCUGUCAGCUUUUGCUCGUGGGCGUGCUCGUCGAAUUUUUUCGCCUGACCAUCCGCUGGAUGCUUCUUGUUUGCCUUCUGCUUCAUCUUGGCCGUCUGACGCUGGAUCAGCUCGUCCAGCCGUCGGUCCCUCAUGAUAUGCAGCUGGUCGCGCAGCACAGCCAAGCGACUGGUCGACUCGUCCUCCUUCUCCUUGUAGAAGUGCUCGACCUUCUCCAGCUCCGCAUCCAGAAACUGGAAGAACUCGGCCUGGCGGAAGUCGAGCUCCUUGUAGGCCUCGAGCGGGACGUCGGCGGGGCUCGGUUCGGGGUCCGGGGCGCCCAUGGACAGGACGCGCUUGAUGAACGGCCGCGGGUGCGGGUCAACGCCAGAGCCAGGCCCCGGCAUCGAGUUCAUGCGCUUCGGGCUGAAGAUGCUGCGGUAGCGUGCCGGCAGCGACGCGUGCUUCUUGCUUGGCGUCCUCGUCUUCCCAACUUCAAAAGCAUUGCCGUCGCCGGGCGACGGCAGCUUGACGGACUUGUGCUUGCGCAGCGAUGCUGCAGCAGGGCCGCCGGGCGACGCGUCCAUGGCAGCGCCUGGCAGCCGCAGCGACGGCGGCGGCCGCCCCCGCUCCGGGCUUGCAUCCUUGCCGCUGUGCGGGCUCCCGACGAAGCUGCCAUAGCUCGUGCCCAGCCCGUUGUGCGUGUUUCCGCCUGCUGCGAGCGGGGUCUCCUCGGGCGUGCGCGGGAGGUUUGACGAGUAUCCGCGCGGGCGGCUGCCGUUGGGUCUGAUGGACAGGCUGCGGCUGGGGUCGGGCACGUCGGCCGGGUCGUUCGCCUCGCGGCUCAGGCCGUCGCGGUUCAGGAACGAGUACUUUGGAGCGACGUCGGACGAGUUGGGCAGCAGGUUGGUGCCGCGGCGGCGCAGGCGCGGCGUCUGGUUCACGUUGCGCAGCGCGCGGUCGAUGGCCUUGAGCUUCUUCUUCCCGAGCUUGUAGUCGAGAUACUUCAGUCGCCAUUCAGGGACGAGAUCGCGCUCGAGCUCCCUAGCUCUGUUAGCCGCUGGCUGGAUUGUUUGGUAGCACCGAUUACUUUGCGAACUUCAUGUCGGCGC